CCUAAAGCCGCUUUUGCAAGUCAUACGAUACACGAAUUACGGUCUACGGAUAUACGAUUGAAUUUUUCAUAAUAUUCUUAGCAUUGAACAAAGUUUAAAAUUCUUUUAACUCUAAAAAAAUCUUAGUUUUAACUACUAGUUAAAAUUAUUCAGGCAUAUUUUCAAGCUUUAAAUUAUGUUCUUAACACGUUCAGAAUACGAUAGAGGAGUAAACACAUUCUCUCCUGAAGGCAGACUAUUUCAGGUGGAAUAUGCGAUUGAGGCAAUAAAAUUGGGUUCCACGGCCAUUGGCAUUUGUACACCUGAAGGAGUAGUAUUAGGUGUAGAGAAACGAAUUACUUCACCGCUAAUGAUCACUAGCAAGAUUGAAAAGAUCUUUGAAGUUGAUAAGCACAUCGGUUGCGCAGUUAGUGGAUUGAUUGCAGACUCCCGUACAAUGGUUGAAAGAGCUAGAGCUGAGUCACAAAACCAUUGGUUUACAUACAACGAACAAAUGAGUGUUGAAUCUGUUGCACAAGCUGUAUCUAAUCUAGCUAUACAAUUCAGUGGAGAUUAUGAUAGCAAAGAACCAGCAAUGAGUCGUCCAUUUGGUGUCGCAAUUAUGUUUGCAGGUAUUGAUAAUAAUGGUCCACAAUUAUUUCAUUUGGAUCCAUCAGGUACAUAUGUCCAGUACAAUGCUAAAGCUAUUGGAUCAGGUAGUGAAGGUGCCCAACAGACAUUACAAGAAAAAUAUCACAAAUCUAUGGGAUUAAAUGAAGCUAUUAAUGUUAUUCUGAACAUAUUGAAACAAGUUAUGGAAGAUAAGCUCAGUCCUACUAAUAUUGAAAUAGUAACUGUGACACCUGAUAAAUUUUACCACAUGUUGGAUAAAGAUGAACUUCAAGAGGUUAGUAAUUUAUCACUAUAA